AUGGCAUCGCGCCUGGCAGCUUGCGAGGCUUGUCGCAAAGCAAAGCUCGCCUGCGAUCACCAGCAGCCGGUGUGUUCGCGUUGCCGCAAUACCAAAGGGGUCUGCAUUUACCGCACAGCGCCGUUCAAGCGGCGGCGGGUCGACAAACCGAGUCUUCCAUCCCCAGAUCCACCGUCAGCAUUUGAGCCUAGACGCAAUCCAUACCCCAACCCGGGGUAUCUGGGCUCUUCCAGCCAUGCUGCCAUCUUUAAACAUAUCACUCCGUCGGCGGACGGCGAUCUCGGGACGGGCAGCCAGCAUGCUGGCACAGAAAAUGCGACCCCCAAUUGA